AUGGUCAAAGCUCGCCUCAUGAAGAAGCAAGCGAUGAAAGAGGUGAUCGACCGCUCGGCAAUAUCACCGCUGGUAAGAAUGUCAUCCACCGAAUCAACCAGUGAUGGGCAUUGCGAUGAUUCCUCAAAGCAACCAACACUCGCUGCCGCCGAUUGCUCCACGAGCCCACUCCAGCAGUCAACGAUCAACAGCGGUAACCGUCUCGUCUGUUAUGGUGACUCCGUCACUGCUGAGACCGUCUUCGCAGUUCCGAGACCAUCUCCGGUCAAAAGGAGACCACCAAACGAAACUCCUUCAGCUGAGUCUACUACCCGUAAGUCAAUUCCGUCGUCAAAAAACUCCUCGCGGUCUUCGUCAAAGUCGGGAAGGUCAGGUUCAGCGAAACGUCGAUCGGAGUCAGACAUGUACGCUACUGGAGACACCAUUUACAUCUCGUCUAAUGGUGAGAAAGAACGCUCUGACUCCGCCAAGAGAUCCCGCAGUGCGAAAGAUCAAGCUGGAGAGAAGAUCCGCGAAAGCCUUACUCCAGCUCCUCUUCCGAGGGAACAGCCAUACGGCUACAACUCAAGACCCACUCUAAGGGCGGAAAGACCUGAACCAGGAUUUUCGUCAAACCUUCUCGACAAACCAGACGACGGACACCGAGAAGGAAAUGAUGACGUCGUCAACGAUGACCAUCCAGCAGUGAAUGAUGUGAAUGGUGAUCCACGGUCAGAGCCACUGACCACCAAACCCUGUGCUGUCGUGAUACCAAGACUGCCUAAUUCCAUCUUCGGGGAAGGUCACAUUAAAUUCAAGAAAUUUGAUACUCCUCAACCAACUCCGAGACCAAGUCGCCCACGAGAGCCCGUUCCGGUCCUAGAGCCGCCC